UAAAUGGAAGAACUCAACCAGUCUGAAGUAUCUGAAUUCAUUAUUCUUGGGCUUUGUAACUCUUGGGAGCUCCAGGCCGUCUUCUUAGUGAUAUUUUCCUCACUUUAUUUAAUCACCAUUUUGGGCAACAUAUUUAUUGUAGUCAUAAUCAUCAUUGACCUUCAUCUUCACUCUCCUAUGUAUUUCUUGUUGGCCAAUCUCUCAUUCAUUGACUUUUGCCUUUCUUCAGUCACUACACCUAAGAUGAUCACAGACUUCCUCAAGGAAAAAAAGACUAUCUCCUUUGGAGGGUGCAUGUGUCAAAUUUUCUUUGGACACUUCUUUGGAGGGGGCGAGAUGGUACUGCUUGUGUCAAUGGCCUAUGACCGUUAUGUGGCCAUCUGUAAGCCACUCCAUUACACCACUAUUAUGAACAGACAUACGUGCAUUGGAUUAGUGAUGUCAUCAUGGAUCAUUGGCUUUGUGCAUUCAAUAAGCCAAUUGGUUAUAAUCAUAAAUCUGCCCUUCUGUGGAUCACGGGAAUUGGAUAGUUUUUUCUGUGAUAUUCCAUUGGUCAUCAAGUUAGCUUGCAUGGACACCUAUGUUUUAGAAAUUUUGAUAAAUGCUGACAGUGGGGUGCUAGCAACCAUAUGCUUCAUUCUGUUGCUGAUCUCCUAUUCUCAUAUUCUGAUUACUGUCUGCCUUCACUCGAAGGAUGGGGCAUCCAAAGCUCUCUCUACUUGUACUGCUCAUAUCACUGUGGUCAUAUUAUUUUUUGGGCCCUGCAUCUUCAUCUACCUGUGGCCAGUCAGCAUACCUUGGGUGGACAAGUUUCUUGCAGUGUUUUAUGCUGUCAUUACACCUCUCCUCAACCCAGCCAUUUAUACUUUAAGAAACAAAGAGAUUAGAAAUGCCAUGAAGAGAUUUCUGGGGAAGAAUAUAGUCUUAUUGGGAAACAGUUGA